AUGACUGCGGAGCUCAAGAAAGAAGCCAACUCUGCCUUGACAUGGAGUCGCAUCCGAAGGACGUGGAGAGAACCGCUCUCCGAGUUCAUGGGAACGUUCAUCCUGAUCAUGUUUGGCGAUGGAGUCGUUGCGCAAGUCGUCUUGUCGCGCGGUACCAAAGGCGAUUACCAAUCCAUCUCCUGGGGCUGGGGUAUCGGUGUGAUGUUGGGUGUUUAUGCUUCCGGAAUCUCUGGUGCUCACAUUAAUCCUGCCGUGACUUUCGCCAAUUGCGUCUUCCGCAAGUUCCCCUGGAAGAAGUUCCCAGUCUACGCAGUAGCGCAGGUUCUCGGUGCGAUGUGUGCCGCUGCUGUCGUGUAUGGAAAUUACAAAUCUGCCAUCGAUACCUUCGAGGGAGGCGCAGGAAUCCGGACGGUGCCAGGCUACUCCGAGAAUGCAUCUGCUGGAAUCUUCUGCACAUAUCCCGCCGCGUUCAUGAGUAACACGGGCCAGUUCUUCUCCGAAUUCAUCGCGUCGACGCUGCUCAUGUUUCUGAUAUACGCCAUAAAAGACGACCACAACAUCGGAGCCAAGAAUUUGACACCUCUCGCGCUAUUCUUCAUCAUCUUCGGCAUCGGAGCCUGCUGGGGAUGGGAAACCGGCUAUGCCAUCAAUCUCGCGCGUGACUUCGGUCCAAGACUGGUCUCAUAUAUGGUUGGAUAUGGCCCCAAUGUUUGGCGUGCUGGCAACUAUUACUUUUGGGUGCCCAUGGUCGCUCCAUUCUGCGGCUGCACAUUUGGCGGAUUCCUGUACGAUGUGCUACUCUUCACCGGCCAGUCGCCCAUCAACACGCCAUACUGGGGCUUCUAUCGAUUUAUUCCAUCGCUUCGGCGCCAGUAUAAGGGUAUGCGUUGGGAUGAAGAGAAUGCUCAGGAAGAUGAAGAUGUGAGCGUUCACUGA